UUUCCAUGAGCACGUGUGUUUAUCUUUCACUACUGAUCAACCUAUAUCCGUUUCAGAUAUUAAGGUAUGCUUUCAGUUAUAACUCUCGGUAUCGACAAAUCUUGACUGACGGCUGCAGCGCUCGGGGACAGUGAAUAUUUCAGCAGGAGAUCAAAGCAGCAAAUGGUAGUGGCAAUUUAACGGAACUUUGGCAGCCGAAGACAUGGAUGGAACUUGCAUGAAACUAAAGGAGGACAUUAUUUUUGAUAACUGUACCCAAAUGGAUGCUGUUACCUCGCAGCGUGACAUGAUAGUGAUAAAUCCCUCAGAAGAGAACGAGCAAGUAUUGGAGUCAGCUAAGAAAAGCGAGAUUAAAGAUACCAGCGAAAGCGCUGACCGUGGCGAUCAUCCGUUCGGUAACGGAAAGAGCACCUUCAGCGAGGACUCACUUCUCUCCUCGCCGGCUGUUGACCCCCUAAGGGACCGGUGUACCGACUUGACUGUAGACAACGAGUGUAGAAUUUGCCAGAGCAGAGGAGAAGAAGUUUUGAUCAAUCCGUGCAAAUGCGCUGGGUCUGCGAAAUGGGUUCACGAGAGUUGUCUGGUAAAAUGGUUCCAAAUUUCCCAAACGUCCUCGUGUGAGCUGUGUUCACGAUUUGUGGUCAUCAAGAAGCGAACAAAACCGUUCCAACAGUGGCGCAUACCCCGUGAUGGUCUGGGACCGUGUAGUCGCUUGGACCUUUGGUACUUGCUUGUCACAAUAUUUAGUAUUUGCACCAUUUUAGGAUUUGGUAUUUUUCAAAUAUUAGUCAAGUCAAAGGAGCCGGAAACAACCGCAGUGUUUGCUGCUAUUUAUGCCCUUUGUGGAAUAAUGAUCCUCCUAAGAAUUCACUACUUCUACGUAUGGUUCACUCGACGAAGCAAAUUUUGGCGAAGGUGGAAAACUGAGAAUCGAAUCUGGACUGUGGCCUCUCCCGGAACAGUUUUAAAGUACAACGAUGAAGGGACUAUCGUAUGAGAUAGUUUUAGUUAUUUUUUAAGGGUAAUAUGUGAACUACGAGCAGUCCCUUCUUUUCGGCAAAGUCUCUCGUGCUAGAGAAAAAGUCAGUGAGAUAAAUUGAUUUUAGUGCCGCGGGGAGCUCUGGGAAUGAGGCGCUAACCGCGGUGCGCUAACAUCAAUUUCUUUUCACGGACUUUUUUCGACUUGCGCGGUGGACGUCGCUGAAACGGAGGGACUUCUCUUAAUCCAGAUAGUGUGGUUUUCUGAUGACAUCUGCAAACUUUAAGGUUGCGAUAUUCAUGGACACAAAGGAAAUACAAACUAAUCCUUACUCAAUGUAUUUUGGAACCUCAUUCUUUAGACUCUGACCAUGGCGAGGUGGCCAGUUUUUAUGUAAGGUUCACAGAUUUUCCGAGAAAAUCAUUGUUAAUUCAAGUUUAAAUUUAGAUGAUUCCAGAGAUAUUUGGAUGUAAUAAAGAAAAUGUUGCUCGCUUAAAUUACAAAAGAGGGAAAAUGCGCAAAGCUACUAAGCGCAAUAGUUUUCGCCUAGGGCGCUCACAAUCAUACGGUAGGAAUGACUGGGCAGAUCGACCAGUACAAUUGCACCCUUAUACGUUCCGCCUAAAUUAUGUUGGUUUAAUUAAUGCAAAGAGGAUAAAGAUCGUACCUGGCCUUUCGUGGUUUUGCUUCUUAAAUACUGCUUGUUUGGUCUUGUAAUUUGAUUUCCUGAGAAAAACAUCAGCAAGGCUGAAUAGAAAGUUAUCUGCUUAUUUUUGCCAGAAAGGACAAAGUGCACUUUAUACCCUUCUGUUUUUCGUCAAUAGGGUAAGAGAAAUUUCGAUAUUCGUAAUCUGUUAUUUUUUCCUCGAGAACCGUGCCGCAGACUCCAUUUAGCAUCCAUCGUUGUAGCUAGCAAUUAUUCCAUCUUGCCACGCUUACCAGAAUUCCGUGCUAUGUAAACUAUGCGGAAUGUUUUAUCGUAGGUAGAUAAAGAAUUUUUUCGAAGAAAUUUGAAAAACAGUAGGUUUUUAUUGAUAAAAAGCUUGAAUUUGAUAGAGAUCCAUGUAAUGACAUCAUUUGAUUAGAAAUAAUAAAAAUUCUGUUCACUUUUUAA